AGUCGGUCUCAGUUGCUUUGGUUGAUUUUUCUUAUGCAACCACACAUACACAUAACAUACAUAGAUCCCAAUAUAUCAUCUCCGACCUUGACCUCAAAGCUAUGAAAAGCUCCUCCGACACUAACGGUCUCACCCCAUUAUCUCUGUAACGACCCUCCUGGUGCGUACGGUGGAUCAGAAUCGUUUUCACCAAUGUCGUUCUCCACGCGCCGGGGAGGCUGGGGCAACUCUCUCUUGCCCUCCACUGCCUCUUCUUCCUCUUCGCCUUCAUCCAAUUCCAAAUCUAAGUUUUCCAGAAAGUCUCGCCGCAGGGUGGUGCUCCGUGACUUCCUCUUCGCCAACUUCUUCACCAUCGGCCUUGCGGUCUCUCUCUUCUUCUUCUUUCUCGUUGUUCUCCGUUAUGGCGUCCCCAGACCCAUCACCUCGCAUUUUAAAUCGCGGAGCCCGAUCCGAACUGUCAAGCCCCGAAAGCCUGGCUUCCGGAAGCCUGUUAUGAUUGACUCCAGUAGCGAUGGAGCCACCGUUGAUAUCACCACCAAGGAUUUAUAUGACAGGAUUGAUUUUUUGGAUGUAGAUGGUGGUGCCUGGAAGCAAGGGUGGAAUGUCGAAUAUAAAGGGGACGAGUGGGAUUCGGAGAAAUUAAAGAUUUUCGUGGUGCCCCAUUCGCAUAAUGAUCCGGGUUGGAAGCUCACCGUCGAGGAGUACUAUAAUAGACAAUCUAAGCACAUACUUGACACUAUCGUCGACACUCUUUCCAAGGACCCUCGACGCAAGUUCAUAUGGGAAGAGAUGUCUUAUUUGGAGAGAUGGUGGAGAGAUUCAUCAGAAAGCAAAAAGGAGUCGUUCGUUAAUCUAGUGAAGAAUGGUCAGCUAGAAAUUGUUGGUGGUGGAUGGGUGAUGAAUGAUGAGGCCAAUUCACAUUAUUAUGCCAUAAUUGAGCAGGUAAACUUAAAGCUUCCAUUGUUCUAUUUCACUACAUUUCACAUUGACAUAAUUCUGCAUUUUCAUUAUUAUGCCAUAAUUGAGCAGAUCACAGAGGGUAAUAUGUGGUUGAAUGACACCAUUGGGGUUGUCCCUAAAAAUUCUUGGGCAAUAGAUCCAUUUGGUUACUCGCCUACCAUGGCAUAUCUUCUUCGUCGAAUGGGUUUCGAAAAUAUGCUUAUUCAGAGGACCCACUAUGAGCUGAAGAAGGAGCUUGCACUCCAUAAAAAUUUGGAAUACAUAUGGCGUCAGAGUUGGGAUGCAGAGGAGACUACUGAUAUUUUUGUCCACAUGAUGCCCUUCUAUUCUUAUGAUAUUCCACAUACCUGUGGCCCAGAGCCUGCUAUUUGUUGUCAGUUUGACUUUGCUCGAAUGCGUGGUUCUAUGUAUGAACUCUGCCCAUGGGGUCAACAUCCAGUAGAGACCAACCAAGAGAAUGUUAAGGAAAGGGCAUUUAAACUACUAGAUCAAUAUAGGAAGAAAUCGGUCCUAUACCGGACAAAUACACUUCUUGUCCCUCUUGGAGAUGAUUUCCGUUAUAUCAGUGUUGAUGAAGCCGAAAACCAGUUCAGGAAUUACCAAUUUUUAUUUGAUUAUAUCAAUUCUAAUCCAUCCUUAAAUGCAGAGGCAAGGUUUGGAACUUUGGAAGACUACUUUCAAACUGUUCGCGAGGAGGCUGAUAGAAUAAAUUACUCUCGUCCUGGUGAGGUUGGUUCCAUUCAGGUUGGAGGUUUUCCUUCUCUAUCAGGUGACUUCUUUACUUAUGCUGAUAGGCAGAAAGACUAUUGGAGUGGCUAUUAUGUGUCAAGACCUUUCUUUAAGGCUGUUGAUCGGGUACUGGAGGAAACACUUCGUGCCACAGAUAUGAUGAUGGCCUUGUUGCUUGGGUAUUGUCAGAGGGCACAAUGUGAAAAGUUGCCAGUCGGAUUCUCCUACAAACUGACAGCUGCAAGAAGAAAUUUGGCUCUUUUUCAGCAUCAUGAUGGGGUAACUGGUACUGCAAAGGAUCAUGUGGUCAUGGACUAUGGGACUCGGAUGCAUAUGUCCUUGCAAGACCUGCAGAAUUUCAUGUCCAAGGCAAUUGAAGUGCUCCUUAAAAUACGCCAUGAAAAAUUUGAUCAUAACCCUUCUAUGUUCGAGCCUGCACAAGUGAGAUCAAAAUAUGAUGUUCAGCCUGUUCAUAAGACAAUAAUUGCUCAUGAAGGAACAUACCAAUCAGUAGUCUUUUUCAAUCCUUCAGAGCAAACAAGAGAAGAGGUUGUGAUGGUUGUUGUUAAUAAGCCAGAUGUUGCAGUUUUGGAUUCAAACUGGACUUGCAUCGAAAGUCAAAUUUCUCCUGAAUUGCAGCAUGACAAAAGCAAGAUUUUCACUGGGAGACAUCGUGUCUAUUGGAAAGCUUCAAUUCCUGCCCUAGGCCUGCAAACAUAUUACAUUGUUAAUGGUUUUGCUGGAUGUGAAAAAGCCAAGCCAGCAAAACUAAAAUUCAUUUCUAAAUCUGGUUCAUUUCCUUGUCCAACUUCUUAUGCUUGUUCAAAAGCCAAAGAUGACACUGUCCAAAUCCAUAAUCGACAUCAAACCCUCAUUUUUGAUGCCAAGACUGGUUUGCUGCAGAAAGUAACAUACGAAGAUGGUUCUCAAAAUGUUAUUGGUGAGGAAAUAUCUAUGUACUCAAGUUGGGGAAGCGGAGCCUACCUAUUCAAACCUACUGGUGAUGCUCAGCCAAUAGUUAGAUCUGGUGGACUGACUGUGAUCUCUGAGGGCCAUCUGAUGCAAGAAGUGUACUCUCAUCCACACACAGAAUGGGAGAGAGGCCCCAUUUCUCAUAGCACCCGUUUGUAUAAUGGAGAAAAUACUAUUCAGGAGUUUCUCAUAGAGAAGGAGUAUCAUGUAGAGCUUCUUGGUGGUGAAUUCAAUGACAAAGAGAUAAUAGCAAGAUACAAAACGGAUAUUGAUAGCAAGAAGAUAUUUUAUUCUGAUUUAAAUGGCUUUCAGAUGAGCAGGAGAGAAACCUAUGACAAAAUUCCAUUGCAGGGAAAUUACUACCCAAUGCCUGCUCAUGCUUUCUUGCAAGGAUCCAAUGGCAGGCGGUUCUCAGUCCAUUCCAGGCAGUCAUUGGGUGUGGCAAGCCUUAAAGAUGGUUGGCUAGAGAUAAUGCUUGAUCGUCGUCUGGUAAAUGAUGAUGGACGUGGUCUUGGGCAAGGAGUGAUGGACAACCGGGCAAUGAAUGUAAUCUUUCACAUCCUUGUGGAAUCCAACAUUUCCUCUACUUCAAACCCAGUUCCAAACCAUUGGCCAUUAAGUCCCUCUCUUCUUUCCCACCGUAUUGGUUCUCACUUGAACUAUCCUUUACAUGCAUUUAUUUCCAAGAAGCCACAAGAUAUAUCAGUGCAGCCACCCCCAAGAUCUUUCUCCCCUUUAGCUACGCCCUUACCAUGUGACUUGCAUAUUGUCAGUUUUAAGGUUCCCCGACCUUCGAAAUAUUCUCAGCAAACAGAUGGAGAUCCUAGGUUCGUACUAGUCUUGCAGAGGCAAAACUGGGAUUCAUCCUUCUGUCGAAAGGGCAGAUCACAUUGCACCAGUGUUGCUGACGAACCUGUGAAUCUGUUUUACAUUUUCAAGGAGCUUUCAGUGUUGAAUGCAAAAGCAACCUCCUUAAACCUCUUACAAGAAGAUACCGAGAUGCUUGGGUAUGCUGAGCAGUUUGGUGAAGUUACACAAGAAGGACAUGUCUCUAUUUCUCCCAUGGAAAUACAGGCAUACAAGUUGGAUCUACGGCCACAUCAAUAAUCUUUCCGAUUGGUUUUCUGCCACAUCGCUGAAGUGAUGUACUCAUUCACCACCAAUAAGAUUUGGGGGCCAUGCAUCCGAAUGAACAGAGCAAUGACUUUGCCACCCGGAUUUGUUCUUGCCGAAAUAUAUGAUCAGAAGAAAAUAGACUCGUGAAUAUUUUCAGUGUACAGUUACUGUUAACAUGAUGUGAUAAAGAUUUAUGUGGCUCGUGAUAAGAAACGGGGAACUUCCCUUUGAGGUUUGAAACUACAAAACAUACAAAGAGAAAAGUCCUACUAGUGUUCUCACGCACAAUUUUGCUUUCCUUGUACGAGUUAGAUGCAUGCUAGAGGAUUCUAGGUUGUGAUGGUACAAGUAAAACAAUCCUAAUCUUUUUGCUACUUCA